CAUCUACAGCCUUUUAUGAUGAUUGCUGCGGCGUUUUUGGUCCUCUUACGGCCGUACAGCAUUCAAUGUGUGCUGCUAUUAUUGCUGCUUUUGCUCGGGACUAUAGCGACAAUUUUGUUUUUCUGCUGCUGGCAUCGCAGGCUUCGUAAUGGAAAAAAUCCAAUAAAAUCUGUGCUCUCCGGACGCAGGAGCCGCGUUGGCCUCCGGACACAUCAUUUUCGGUCAGAGGGCUUCAGGCACAGUCCACGUCACGCGAGAAGGAGCAUACACGCUCGAGUGACGGAGGAGAAGCCCAAUCUGGUCGAGAUUCCAGAGAGUGAGCCUGAUUCAUCAUCCGGUCUCAGAAAACGCAAAGUAAAGAAGAGAGUGCUGCCAGAAUUUUACCAGUCUGUGCAAGUCACCCCCACACGCAAACCUAGCUCCAGUUCGGGGAACCCUUCCCUGCACGGAUCCAUGUCUUCUUCGGCGGAUUUCUCAGACGAGGAUGAUUACAGUGUUAAAUCUGGGUCGGCAUCUCCGGCACCCGGAGACACUUUACCCUGGAACCUGCCCAGACAUGAGCGAUCCAAGAGGAAGAUUCAGGGAGGAUCUGUGCUGGAUCCGGCAGAGAGAGCUGUGCUCAGGAUCGCAGAUGAAAGAGACAGAGUGCAGAAAAAGACAUUUACAAAAUGGAUAAACCAGCAUCUGGUGAAGGUACGAAAACAUAUCAAUGACCUGUAUGAAGACUUACGAGAUGGACAUAACCUGAUCUCACUGCUGGAGGUUUUGUCCGGAGACACAUUGCCAAGGGAGCGUGAUUUUCUGAAGACAUUGCGGUUGCCUCGGGAAAGAGGGAGGAUGCGCUUUCACAGACUCCAAAAUGUACAGAUAGCACUGGAUUAUUUAAAGAGGCGGCAGGUCAAACUUGUAAAUAUCAGAAAUGAUGACAUCACGGAUGGUAACCCCAAACUGACCCUGGGAUUGAUCUGGACCAUAAUUCUGCACUUUCAGAUCUCGGAAAUCCAUGUGACAGGAGAGUCCGAGGACAUGACAGCCAAGGAAAGGCUGCUGCUCUGGUCCAAGCAGAUAACAGAGGGCUAUGUUGGAGUACGAUGUGACAACUUCACAACCUCCUGGAGGGAUGGGAGGCUAUUUAACGCCAUCAUUCAUAAAUACAGGCCGGACAUGAUAGACAUGAGCCGUGUGUCGGCACAGACCAACAGAUCAAACUUAGAGCAUGCGUUUACUGUAGCUGAACAGCUCGGGGUGGCAAGACUCUUGGACCCUGAGGAUGUAGACGUUCAGUCUCCCGAUGAGAAAUCAGUUAUCACAUACGUCUCCACCCUGUACGAUGCCUUCCCCAAAGUACCUGACGGUGUUGAUGGAAUCAGUCCGAAUGAUGUCGAUAUUAAAUGGGUGGAGUACCAGAACAUGAUCAAAUACCUCAGCCAGUGGAUCAAACACAAUGUGGCCAUAAUGUCGGAUAGAUCAUUCCCAAACAACCCUGUGGAACUCAAGGCACUUUAUACGCAGUAUCUGCAGUUCAAAGAACACGAAAUCCCACUGAAAGAGAACGAGAAGACAAAAAUCAAGAACCUCUACAAAAUGCUUGAGAUGUGGAUCGAGUUUGGACGCAUACAGUUACCCCAGGGUCAUCAUCCAAACGAUGUGGAGAAGGAAUGGGGGAAAUUAAUUGUUGCCAUGCUGGAAAGAGAGAAGAGCCUGAGGCCUGAGGUUGAAAGGCUGGAGAUGUUGCAGCAGAUUGCAAACAGGGUCCAGCGAGACUGUGUGAACGGAGAGGACAAGCUUGCCUUGGCACGAACUGCCCUGCAGUCUGAUGCAAAACGUCUUGAAUCUGGUAUCCAGUUUCUAAAUGAAGCAGAGGUUGCAAGCUACCUUUUGGAGUGUGAAAACAUCCUCAGACAACAAGUGGUCGACAUCCAAAUCCUUCUGGAUGGCAAAUUUCCUUUUGCAGAUCAGCUUGUCCAAAGGGUAUCAAAACUCCGGGAUGACCUGCUCGCCUUACGAGCUGAGUGUUCUUCCGUAUACAGCCAAGGUCGCACCCUGACAACAGAACAAACCAAAAUGAUGAUCUCCGGCAUCACGCAAAGCCUCAACUCUGGUUUCUCUCAGAACAUCAACACAAGCCUGACACCAGCCCUUACUCCUGCACUCACUCCAGGGGGGUUAGGUACCCCUGGAUCCACGUUCACCUCUAGCCUUACACCGUGCCUCACCCCGUCCUUGACACCUGCCUUGACCCCCGGCCUGCAGCCCUCUUCAGUCCAGAGCUACAUGGUGAGCAGUGGCGGUAUGGACCCAGGCAGCCUCAGACAACUGAAACACAUGCAGAUCCGUAAGCCCUUACUGAAAUCCUCACUGGCGGACUCCAACAUGACAGAAGAGGAGGUCAACAUGAAAUUUGUUCAGGACCUCCUUAACUGGGUGGAAGAGAUGCAGACGCAACUUGAUCGUUCAGAGUGGGGAUCAGAUUUGCCAAGUGUGGAAACGCAUUUGGAAAACCACAAAAGUGUACAUAGAGCCAUAGAAGAAUUUCAAAUAAGUCUUAAAGAUGCCAAACUGAGUGAGAUUCAGAUGACGAUACCCCUGAAACUAACUUAUUCUGACAAACUGAACAAACUGGAAAAGCAGUACGAGAGGUUAUUGAGCAAUUCGAGAGAGCGGCAAAGCCACCUGGAGAGCCUGCAUGACUUUGUGUCACAGGCGACUCAAGAACUCAUCUGGCUGAAUGAGAAGGAGGAAGAGGAGGUUGCCUUUGACUGGAGUGAUCGUAACAGCAGCAUUUCAAAGAAAAGAGACUACCAUGCUGACCUGAUGAGGGAGUUGGAUGACAAGGAGGAAGUGAUCAAGUCUGUGCAGGACAAGGCAGAACGCCUUUUAAUCAAAGGCCACCCCGCCAGGCUCACCAUUGAAGCAUACAGAGCUGCCAUGCAGACACAGUGGAGCUGGAUUUUACAGCUCUGCGCAUGUGUAGAACAGCACCUCAAGGAGAAUGCUGUUUACUUUGAGUUUUUCAGUGAUGCCAAAGAGUCAAUAGAUUACCUUAGGAGCUUACAAGAUGCAAUUCAAAGAAAAUACAGCUGUGAUCGAACAAGCAGCCUACACAGGCUGGAGGAUCUCCUUCAGGAGUCUAUGGAUGAAAAAGAGCAGCUUCUGCAGUACCGCAGCACUGUAGCUGGAUUAGUGGGCAGGGCAAAGAAUAUUGUGCAGCUCAGACCCAGGAACCCUGACAGUCCUGUGAGAUCCUCCAUCCCCGUCAAAGCCAUCUGUGAUUAUAGACAGAUAGAGAUCACCAUUUAUAAAGAGGAUGAGUGUGUGCUGGCAAAUAACUCCCACCGGGCGAAGUGGAAAGUCAUCAACCCAGCUGGGAAUGAAGCCAUGGUGCCCUCUGUUUGUUUCACUGUGCCUCCACCUAACAAAGAGGCUAUUGAUAUGGCAACAAGAACUGAGCAGUUGUACCAGAACGUCCUGUCACUGUGGCACCACUCCCACAUCAACAUGAAGAGUGUGGUGUCGUGGCAUUAUCUAAUGGCUGAUAUCCGAGCCAUCCGCAACUGGAAUGUAGCCUCGAUAAAGACCAUGUUGCCAGGUGAACAUCAGCAGGUUCUGAGCAACCUGCAGUCCCACUUCGAUGAGUUCCUUGAGGACAGCGAAGAGUCAGAGUUAUUUACAGUUGCAGACUGCGCCCAGCUCGAGAGAGACGUUUUGGCCUGCAAGGAUUACUACCAGGAACUUCUCAGAUCUGCAGAAAGAGAGGAGCAUGAGGAGUCUGUGUACAACCAUUACAUCUCAGAAAUACGCAACUUCCGCAUGCAUCUGGAAGCCCACGAAGAACAUCUGAUCAGGCAACUCCGCACACCGCUGGAGCGAGAUGACCUGGACCAGAGUCUGCAGCGCAUCACAGAACAUGAGAAUAAGACAGCAGAGCUGAAUAAACUGAAGGAUGACCUUGACGUCAUGAAGGAGAAGUGUGAGGUGUUCAUAAGACAGGCUGCAGGUUCUCCCUCUGUGUCUAAACUUUCCUCCGAACUCUCCGUUCUUGUUCAGAGCAUGGGCCAAGUGCACUCCAUGUCCUCCAUUUAUAUGGACAAACUGAAAACAGUGAGCUUAGUGGUGAAACAUAGCCAGAAUGCCGAGGCUCUUGUCAAGGCCUAUGAAUCCAAACUGUAUGAGGAAGAUGCUAUGAACUCUGACACCAAGUCCAUUGAGACAGUCAUUUCAACCCUGAAGCAAUGGCGGUCAGAGAUUGAUGAGAAGCAGGAGGUGUUCCAUGACAUGGAGGAUGAGCUGCAAAAAGCCCGCGUCAUCAGUGAUCGCAUGUUCAAAGCACAUAACGAGCGUGACUUUGACCUGGACUGGCACAAGGAGAAGGCUGAUCAGCUGAGUGAGAGAUGGCAGAACAUUCACUCUCAGAUUGACAGCAGACUAAGAGACCUGGAUGGUAUCAACAAAUCCCUGAAACACUACAAAGACUCCUUCAGCAGUCUUAAUGAAUGGGCCCGAGAAAUGGAAGCAGCACAGCUAAAGGCCCAAGAAAAUAAACCUGAAGAUAGCAAGGCACUGGCUGAGCUGUUAAACAAACAGAAGGUCCUUGUGGCUGAGCUUGAACAAAAACAGAGCAGAAUCGAUGAGUGCCAGAAGUACUCUGAGCAGUACUCAUCUGCAAUUAAGGAUUAUGAGCUCCAGCUGAUGACCUUCAGAGCGAUGGUUGACUCCCAGCACAAAUCCCCUCUGAAGAAACGGAGGAUGCAUAGCUCUUCUGAUGCCAUUCAGCAGGAGUUUAUGGAUCUCCGGACACGCUACACAGCUCUUGUCACCCUCAUGACCCAGUAUGUGAAGUUCGCGAGCGAAACACUGAAGAGGACUGAAGACGAAGAGAGAUCUGUUGAUGAGGAGAAGAGAGAACAUGGUGAUAAAGUUAGCAAACUAUUGCACUGGAUGUCCAAUGUGAAACAGACCUCAAACAUUGGUGGAAAUGCUCUGAAAGAUAGCAAUGCCAACACAGACGCUUCUAAUAAGCCCCAGGUGUCAGUGGAGGAAAUGGUCACUAAGAAGGAACAGAUUGCAGAAGCACUGAGAGCCACACAAAUGAUGCUGAACAAACACAGUGACAAGAUGACAGAAGAAGAGAGAGAAAAGGCCCAGGAGCAGCUGAAGGAGCUGAAUCAGGCAUAUAAUGAACUAUCCAAACAUUGUUCAGAUCAGACGUCCUCUGCAGACGAGGAUUUCAAAUCCAGUGAUAAUAUGCUUCUAACUGGACCCAUGAGUGGCCUGUUGGAUGACGUAACUGGGGUUCCCCUCCCUCACAUGAAGACUGAGGCCUUUAACCUCUUAAAAUCCGAUCAGGCUGUCUGCCUGGACUCAGAUGAUGCUUCCAGACAAAGUCACAAUCACAAAUCCACUCUAACACAUUCCCCAAAGCUAGCUGAAACAGACAAGUGCAUACAGGGGUCCCAUGUCACUUCAGUGUCUCUUUCUGACUUAGCAGCAGCAAGGGAAGAGGCCACGUGUGAGAAUCCGAUUAUUAAAACGAUAGAGAUCAAGCAAGUCAGUGAUGGAGUGAAGGUGUGCUACACUGGGGACACAGUGACCCUAGAGGAGGCGUUUCAGUCUGGUGUAAUACCUGCUUCUGUCUAUAUAGAGAUUCUGAAGAGGCAAGAGGGCUGUCGGGAUAUGAUGAAUUCUUGCACUAGUGAAGAAAUGACAUCCUUAGAGCCUUUGCAGGAGACUGAGGCUAGUGAGGUCAGUAGCUUCAUAUUAAAGUGCCUCAGAAGUAAUAAAUCACUGACAUCAGGGAGGAAUAUUCACACUCUGAGGAGUUCUUGUGAUGGUUUUAGGGAUCAGGAGAGUAUGUCAAGUCUAUUAGAUACCCAGGGAACUGCCGAUGAUGUUAUGAGUAGCAUUUCAAACCUCCAAAAUGCUGAUAAGCUAAAGGUGGAUGCAGCCGUUCACUGUGAUAUGAUGAACUCAAGCAGCACACUCAUUGUACUCAGAAAUCAGCAGUUUUUUGGACUUGUGUUGCCUCCCUUUGGAGAAAACAAAACCAUAUCUGAAACAUUCCAAGAACAAAUCACCACAGAUGAGUUUACAAGCAGUUUGUUCAGGGAUCGGAGCAAAAUAGCAGCUUUUUACAUUCCAGAAGAUUCAGAAGUGGUUGACUUCCCCUCUGCGAUUCAGAGAGGUUUCAUUGACAGCUAUACAGCAGAGGUUUUAAAAACCAUAGAAAUCCCUGAUGUUUUCCCUGAUGUUGAUAAGCUAAAUGAAAAGUUUUCAUCUUGGCUGAUGUAUAAAAAACUCACACUUGAUGGAUGCUAUGAUGCAGAUCAUUUAAGAGUAGAAAACAUCCCUACUUCUGAAGAAGCAAAGCACUUAUUCAUCUCCUACCUCUUAGUGAACAGUUACAUCGACCCCAAGACGGGAAAAAGGGUCCUUAUACUUGAUAAACAGCUCAGUAGAAUGGUUAGAAUCUUUCUCGAAGAUCCACUAUUUUCUGAAAACACUGAGAAGAAUGUAAGUUCUUUAACUUUCAAUGUGGAUGGUCUUUCAGGAGAGGCAGAUUUAGGGAUCCCGUUGCACAUAAAUGAGGAUACAGAAGAGCUGAUAAAAUCCACUGAAGACACAUUUGAUCAUCCUUAUCUUGCCUCUUCUGCAACUGGAAGAAUUACAUUCAAUGGCAAAAUAUACGUGCAUGAUGAGGCACUAAAAAAUCAUCCUUUCAGAGAUUUUUUGGUCGAUAAUGAUGUCGAAAUGCACACCACAGGGCCUGAAGAAGCAGGGGAAACCUUGUGUCAAAAUCAGACAGAAUUAAGCAAAUUUGCUGAAAUAUUACAUGAAAAUAGCUGGCAAACUGAUGGAAAGGGAGUAGAUUAUGAAAGUAUUAAUUUUCCAGCUUUUCCAGGGAUGUUAGACCAUGCCGGCUCUUCAUUAGGGGUGUUUGGAAGUUCUGAAACUUCCUCCCCUCAAACACUACCAGUCUAUGAAUCAUUUUGCAGCGACUCAGGGAGUACAAAUUUUACCCAAGCUGAGUUUUUGCACUGUGAUGACUCGCUGGAGGGUGAAAAUGAGCAAUGCUAUGUUGUACAUCAUCUAGAAGCAGAAAUAGAGGAAGUGACUGUUAUAGAUGUCAGCUCAGGGAGCCAGAAUGAGCUAGACGGAGCUUUCGGUGAGGGUCUAGUUGAAGAGACGACAGUGCUAGAACUGCUUCAGUUGGAGUCAAAUGAAAAAGGCAUUGUUAGAGACGAGGAGGGUGCGACGUUUGAUUUAAAACAGGCUGAUUUAGAUACAUGCAUACCCUCAAAUCUUCCUUUUUGUAUGGGUGAAGAGCAGAGUCUUUUAAGGUCGUGUCAUAAUGUUUGCACAAGUGACUCUUUUCAGUCUGAGCCGAUAAAAGAUGACUUGGAACAACACAUUCCCCCUCAAGAAAACAACACUCCUUCCAUUUAUGAUGAUGACAAUCUGAGCUUUGUCAAUAUUAAUGAAGAUGGAAACCCACAGCAGCUGAUUGAGAGGAAGGUUGCUGUCUUAGUGCUUAAUCUGACCAGUCAGGAGACGGAUGACAAAGAGAUGGAGAGUGAGCGUCAGGAUGCAGAGGUAGCAACAACAGGAAAUGCAGAUAAGAUGACUAACUCCCUUUAUCUUCCCCCUGCCUCGGUUGGUGGUCAUGAAUCUCUAAUGAUCUCACCACCAUUGUGGAGUCAGGUUGCAGCAGAGUGUGUUCAUCACACUGAGGGAUUGCAUUUACCGGCUGAAGACGAUGACUCACAGGGUGCAAUCAGUCACCAUCAGAUGGAUGCAGCAAGUGCUGCUCCAGCUGCACCGUCACGUCCAGCAAGUCUGAGCAACAGGAUUAGUACUGAUCCAGAAAGCAAAACUCAACAUUCAACAUCUGAUAACCACUCUGGAUCUGACAUUUCAUCCUUUCAUAAUGAGUGUUUUAUUGCUGGAUAUGAUUUGGACGUAGGCAAUGUGACUAUUCGUGAGAGUGAAUCAGACAUUUCCUCAUCACAUCGCGAUGUGUUGUUCAAAGAGAGUAGAAUUAAGAAUGACACAAGCACACUUCAGACACCUUUGGACUCUGAGCCGACUUCAAGUAGAGAUUACUCAUCUCUCAGGGAUUUAGAUAAAAGUGCAGGCAUUUCAGUCUCCAAGGGUAAUUGCAAAAAUGAUGACAACAUUACAGAAGAUGGCAGCAGGAUAGAAUUACCUCAGCAGGCAGAGCAUCACUCAGAAAGUGAAUUUAGAGUUGAAACUGAGCCCAGAAGUGUUCAAAAUACUCCUAAGUCACAUGCUGUUUAUGAUGAAGCUGCUGCAAUGAACGUAAAGCUUUUUACUGCACAGGAUUCAGACGAUCAUGCGCUAACCCCUUCCCAAAUUUCUCCUGAAACCAGAGAGUUGCCAGGUUCACAGCACAGUGACUUGGCAGACUUUGAGUUAAGUACAAAAGGUCCAUCCAAAGAGAGGCAACACAAUGAGAUUGUCCCCAACAGAAGUAUAACAGAAGACAGUUCUGUGAUGAUAAAUACACAAACAGCAGAGACAGAGCAUGAAGAAAGCAUAAAUAUUGGUGGAAAAGUCUCAGGAAAUUCAGAAAGUACAAUGGAAGGAGAAAUAAUAUCAGAUACUCUGCCAGAGGACAAAAGAUCAGAUAAGUGUACUGCUGAGCAUCCCCAGAAAGUCCCGUCAGAGAGCUGUGUUACAUCUUCCGCUCCGUCAGUGUUUUCUGAGGCUGUUAGGACUCAUCCAGAUGACCAGGAGGUUUUAAUUGAAAAAGAGAUGCAUGACAGUGAUCUGCAAAAGGCACCACCCCAAGAAAGUGACAGUACUGAUGCCUCAAUCACAAAAACUCCCAAACUUUUAGACAAAGACAGAGAGACAUUACAUGAACUUAUAGAGAGCACUCAACCCGAUCUCCUCAUGGACUUGCUCAAGCAAAGCACCCUCUCUAUGAAAAGUAAAGAAAAAUACAGCUCAGAAAUGAUCAUGCAGGAUGGCAAAGCGAGUGAAAAGGCAGAAAAGUCUGAGACUCCAAACAUCCAGCUGCAGCUGGUGGAGGUUCUUAAAUCUGUCUCCUCAAGUCAAGACCUGUCAAUGCUCCAGGAAGUGAUGGACACGCUGAACACGGCUCUGGGGGGAGAGUCUCAGGAGGAGCGGCGGCAUGUGCUGGAGAGCAUCAAGGAGGAGAGCUCAGACGAGGGCUCAGAUGAAAAUGAAUGCCACUCUGCAACAGGUCACCAAACAUCCCCUCAGUCUGUCCAGACAGAUGCCUGCAAAGUUGAGGAGGUCAAAAGCAAGCUAUUCUCAAUCCAGGAUUAUUUGGAGUGUGUUGGGAGACUUCAGGACCAUGCAGAUGUUUUAGAUGAUGUUGGAAAUGAUCUUUUAAUCCAGACUCCUGUAGGCAACAACAUGGAAGAACUACAGGUCCAAAUAGAAGAAUGUCAGUCUCUAGAGUCCCAGCUCUCUAGACUUGCUGGUGUCCUAACAGCAGAUAUGGAGAAAGCCAAGCAGCUCUUAAAUUCUGUCGAUGAGGGUGUUCCCAUACAGAUCCAACAAGAUCUGGCCUCAACCUAUCUGGAGUUAGAGCCCAAUUUUGUUGCUGUGUCCCAAAUGUGUACAGACAGGUGUAACUCCCUUUAUCAAGCAAUGGAGGCAGGAAAGGCAUAUCUGGAUUCUACAUACCAGAAGCAUCUCAGUGAUCUCAAUGAAUUAGUUGAAAUCAUCCAAAACAGCUCUGAGAUAACAGACAAUCUGAACGCUUGUGAUGUGGACACGCUUAGCAGUUUGAUCCAACAGAACAAGGACAUUGAGAGCAAUCUGCAAAAAAAAGCUCGACUCAAGUUAGAGGACCUCACCUUUGAAAUCCAGUGCUUUAUUUCUGAGCAUGCUCAGUUCCUGAGUCCUGCUCAGAGCAGCUACCUCCUUAAGUACCUCAGCAGCACACAGCGAGCAUUCAGGGAACAGACGGACAGGCUUCUUACCCAGAGGAGUGACCUUAAUGUCCUUCUGGACACUAGGGAGAAGGAGAGCCAGCAGAAGUCCUUACAGGAGAAACACAAGGAGUUCACAGAGAAGUUGGAGGAGGUGUGCGAUAAUCUCACCCUGACAGAAAACCACCUGAUUGGACAUAAGCAACAGGCUGAAAAUGCUGAGAGUGUCACAGACCUGCAGCAGUACCAGCAGGAGCAUCAGGCCCUGCAAAAAGAUGUGUUGACAAAUGCCAGUGCCUUAAAUGAAGUCAUCAACAGUACUAAAAAGUUUCUGGAGGAAAACCGCAACAAGCUGACGCCGGAUGAAAUUGCCAGCAUUGAAAACAAGUUGGAAGAGGCAAAAAGCAAAGCAAAGAUCAUCAACCAGCGAGCUGAGGAGUCCAGGAAAGAUUUGGAGAAGGUUGUUACCACUGCUAUAAAACAGGAGAGUGAAAAGGCUGCAGCUGUUGAGCGGCUAGAAGAAAGCAAGAACAAAAUCGAGGGUCUUCUGGACUGGAUAUCAAACAUAGGCAAUCAAAAUGAGAAUGGUCUGGAUCAAACUGACCAUAUAAGCAAAGAAAAUGGAAACCUGCCAGAAGAGACCUUAGCAAAGGGACUGAUGGGAGAUGAUGAUGACGCAAAUGGAAACGCUAUGCAGACCUCUGAGAAGGAUUUUGACAGUGAGGCCAGUGGGAAGAAUGACACCUCCCUGGACCUUGAUAAGCAGUACGACAGAGUCAAGUCUCGUCAUCAGGAGAUCCUUUCCCAACAGCAGGAUCUGAUCAUGGCCACACAGUCAGCCCAGGCUCUCCUUGACAAACAAGCAGACGUGCUUUCUCCACAGGAGAAACAGAAACUACAGAAAAACAUCCAGGAACUGAAGGGCCGAUACGACGCCUCGCUGACUCAGGCUGAACAGCAGAUGAAGCAGGUGCAGUGUGUGCAGGAGGAGCUGAAGAAGUUUCUGGAUGACUGCAAGGAGUUUGAGGGCUGGUUGGACCAGACAGAGGCUGAAGUGGAGGAGCUGGGAGCUCCUGCUGGUUCUCUUAAUAUCCUCUCUGAUAAACUCCAGCGACAGAAAAGCUUCUUAGAAGAUGUGAUUUCACAUAAGGGGGAUCUUCGCUUCAUCACCAUCUCAGGCCAGAAAGUACUAGAUGUGGCUAAAGCCUGUGGACUUAAUGACCCUGCAGUGAUGAAUGCUCAGCUUCACGUCGAUACUUCAGGGACCUGUUCUGCUGUCAAAGAUAAAUUGGAUUCAGCGGCCAGCAGAUACAAAACGCUGCAUGCACAGUGGAACCAGCUUGGGAACAACCUCAAAGACGUGGUUGACAAAUACAAGAAAUAUGAUGACUCAAGUGCCGGUCUUUUGAAGUGGCUUAACAGCUCAGAGGAGGAGGCGAGAAAGCAGCAAUCAGAGGCCAUCGCAGCUGAUCCACAAACACUGCAGAAACAGCUGGAGGACACCAAGGUGCUACAAGGUCAGAUGACGGGGCAUCAGACGGCCAUCGACACACUUCGCAAAACAGCAGAGUCUUUGAUAACGUCUGAAGGAGACCUCCUAAGCAACCCUGAUGAGAUCCAGGAAACAGUGGAUGACAUAGUCGAGCGCUAUGACAACCUGUCCAAGUCUGUGAGUGACCGAAAUGAGAAACUGCAGAUCACCCUGACUCGCUCCAUGAGUGUUCAGGAUGGUUUGGACGAGAUGAUGGGAUGGAUGAAGGGAGUGGAGGCCAGCGUAAAGGAGAAAGGACAAAUUCCUCUGGACUCUGCAUCCCUUGGAGAUGUCCUAAGCAAGGAAGCAGCAUUAGAACAAGACAUAGCAAGUCGCCAGAGCAGCAUCUCAGCCAUGAAAGCCAAAGUGAAGAAGUUUGUGGAGACAGCAGAUCCCUCUGCGGCUGCUCUCCUGCAGUCUAAGAUGGACGCUCUCUCCCAGCGCUUCACUGACACCUGUGAUGAGCACAAGCAGAAAGUUUCCCAGCUUGAGAAGCUGAAGGAAAAGGUGGACCAGUUUGAGGAAGUCGCAGAUAAAGUCCAGCAGUUUGUGGUGAAGCGGUCACAAGAUCUGAAUGAGACGGACGGGCCGGGGAAAACAUUUGAUGAAGUGUCUCAGCUCAUGAAGAAUACCAAAGCUGAGAUGGCAGACUAUUCAAGUGAUUUGGAGAAGCUACAGACACUUUCCAAAGAGCUUUCUGAACUCAACCCUGAUGGAAACAAAUCCCAGAUCCAGAAUAAGCUUGACAAUCUUGCUAAUACUUUCAACACCUUCAAAAAUACUGUCAAAGAAAAGGAAGAGGAGGUAUCAUCCUGUCAAAACCAGCUGGGAGAGUUCAGAUCAGCAGUAAGCGCUCUCACAAAGUGGCUGGAGGAGACGAAUGAGAAAGUACCUGCAGUUCAUCCGAGCAGCAGCAUGAAAAGUCUGGAAAAGGACCUGCAGACUGUAACUGGAUUACUAGAUGAAUGGACGUCCAAAGACCCUGCCGUCAAAGACCUCAACAGUAAGGGAUCAGAGCUUUGCAGCCUCAUUACCGUCCUCACAUCCCCGGCCAAGACAAAGACCCCGAACAAGUCAGCUCUUACUAAUGGUGGUGGUCCAGGAAGCCAUUCCUACCUAACAAAUAAAGAGCUGAUGGUUAUUCAGCAGAAUAUGUCGUUUGUCAACGAGGGAUAUGCAAGCCUUGGUGAUAAGCUGAAGAAUCGAGCAGCAGAGCUGAGUAGUUCAGUAGAAGAAGUGAGGGACGCCCAAAAGGAGACAGAGGAAAUGAUGACAUGGCUGAAGGACAUGAAGAAGACUGCAGCAUCAUGGAACAGUGCCCCAACAGAGAAAGACUCAGUGAAAACGCAACUUGAACAGCAGAAGGCAUGUGAGGAAGACAUGAAGAAAAAGCGUGAGCAGCUCCAGAAGCUCAGAGAGAAGCUCCUCAACUUGAUUAAGACUCAUCCAAACUCCCCCGAGGCUGCAAAAUGGAAGCAGAUGCUUGCAGAAAUAGAUGCUGCUUGGGCAGAUAUCAGCGGCUCUGUAGAGGAGAGGAAGCAGCACUUGGAGCAGUCCAACAAAAAUCUGGAUGUCUUCCAAACAACUGAGACGCAGCUUGGACAGUGGCUUUCAGAGAAAGAGCUGAUGAUGAGUGUCCUUGGACCUCUCUCGAUAGACCCCAAUAUGCUAAAGAUGCAGAAGCAACAAGUUCAGAUCCUCCAGAAUGAAUUUAAGAGCCGUCAACCUCAAUAUGAGCGACUCCAGGAAACUGCCAACGCCAUCCUGAGUUCAUCAGGCAACCAGGACCCUUUAAGUGGAAAGCUGGUGAGGGAGCAGCUCGGCAACGUCACCCAGAAGUGGCAAAGCCUCACAGGACAGCUAGACCAGCGAGAUGGCCUCAUCGACCAGGCCGCGGUGAAGACGGGGCAGUUCCAGGAGUUACUGAGGAGUCUCAGUCAGACCGCCACUCAGCUGGAGAAUCAGCUCACCAACCAUCAGGGCCACAGCACGCAGCCUGACGCUGUGAAGAAACAGUUGGAGGAUGUCCAGAACAUCUCUGCUCAGCUGAGAGAGGAGAGGAAGAAGCUGAAGGAGGCUGAGGCCGUCAACGCAGAGCUCACAGCGAUGGUGACUGAGGACUAUCUCAAAGCAGACUUAGCCAGGCAGCUGGAGAGUGUCAGCAAACCUUUCAAACAGCUGGAAGAGAAAGCAGCAAAACGGAUUGAGCAGCUGAACUCCACCUUUGCCAGCUCUCAGCAGUUCCAUCAAACCUCCAAAGAUUUCCACUCAUGGCUGGGCCAGAAGCUCCAGGAUCAGUCUAAACCACAGUCCAUCUCCACCAAAGCAGAUAUCCUUCAGAAAACCCUGGAGGAGCACAACAGCUUUAAGAAGGCUCUCGGUGAACAUGAGGGAGCUUAUACCACCAUCAUUGGGGAGGGGGAGAUGCUUCUGAAGAACACUGAUGGUGCAGAAAAGUUAGCUCUCCAGGGACAGCUUUCUACUCUCUCUUCUAACUGGGAGGAGGUAAAGAAGAACUCUGUGGAGCAGGCUGACAAACUUCAGACUGCUCUGCAGAGGUCUCUGAAGUUUCAAGAGCAUGCUGAGAAACUCAACUCUUGGAUUCAAGAGUGUGAAGCUAGUGAAGGAAAAGUCAAGCUUACUGUUGAUCCAGUUGCAGUGGAAAGCUCCAUUUCUCAAGUCAAAGCUCUGCAGAAGGAUGUUGACAAGCACAGAGGGAUGGUGGAGCAGCUCAACACAGCUGCAGAUAGCCUUCUUGAGGUAGCCAACACUGACACUGAUGCUAUCAAAGAGGAGAAAGCUAGCAUUAACAAAAAAGUGGACAAUGUUGCAGAGGGUCUGCAAAACAAAAGGGAGUCCCUGGAGAAGAUCUCACAUAGUGUUAAAGAAUUUAAUGAUGCUUACAAAGAGGCAAAGGGUCAGAUCGAGGGGGCUAAGAAGCAGAUGGAUGCUUAUGAAUCCCAGGGAGUGCAGGCACACAGCAACAAAAACUUGACCAACAUGAAAGCCCAGCAUAAGAGCCUAGAGGGAGUUCAGAACCAGGUGGAACACCUGAAGAGCUUAGCCAAAGACCUUGUGGUUGAGGUACCAGAUGCUGAUGGUGUGACAGACCUCUUACUGCAGGCAGACAGUGUAGGAAAAGACUACAGCACCCUAAACAAGAAACUAGAGGAGACUUGUCAAGUCCUCGAGGGUAAACUCCAGGGUAUUGGCCAGUUCCAAAACAGCAUCCGUGAAAUGUUCAGCCGUUUCACUGACCUGGACGAUGAACUGGACAGCAUGGCUCCUGUGGAUCUGGACUUACCCACUUUAAAAGAGCAACAGGAGAGCAUUCAGUGCUUUGUGACUAAGCUGCGAGAGCUCAUGGCAAACACGGCCAAUGCUGGAGAUAGCUGUAAGAAGAUGCUAGAGACUGAAUCUUCUCCUGACCUUUUAGGCCUAAAGAGAGACCUGGACGCUCUGAGUAAGCAGUGUGGAAAACUUUUGGACCGUGCUAAAGGCAGAGAGGGGCAGGUGCAGGGUACUCUCACUAAACUAGAGGAGUUGUAUGAUAAACUCCACCAAGCAGAGGAUAAACUGAGCAAAGCUGUCGACAAGGAGGCAUCCCAGGAGGCAGUCGGCAUGGAGACAGACGUCAUCAACCAACAGCUGGAGGCCUUUAAGGAAUUCCAGAAAGAGGAUAUCGAUCCACUGCACACUCAGCUUCAAGACAUCAACUCCCUCGGUCAGGGUCUGAUCCAAACCGCUGCUAAAGGCACCAGCACCAAGAAGCUUGAGGAAGACCUGGAUGAAGUCAACACAAAGUGGAACACCCUCAACAAAAAGAUUGCCGAGCGCUCAGCCCAGCUGCACGAAGCCCUGCUGCAUUGUGGGAGGUUCCAGGAUGCUUUGGAGUCCCUGCUCAGCUGGUUGACCGACACAGAGGAGCUGGUGGCCAAUCAGAAACCUCCAUCUGCAGAGUUCAAAGUCGUUAAAGCACAGAUACAAGAGCAGAAACUUUUACAGAGACUGCUGGAUGACCGAAAACCAACUGUGGAGCUGAUAAAGAAGGAGGGAGGGAAGGUUGCAGAACUGGCCGAGUCUGUGGAUAAGGAGAAGGUUGCAAAAGAGAUCGAAUGCCUGGGGCAGAGGUGGGACGCUCUUCUGAAAAAGGCUGAGAACAGGCACAAGCAACUUGAGAGCAUCUUAGUCGUCACUCAGCAGUUCCAUGAAACCCUGGAGCCGCUGAGCGAAUGGCUUGCAGCUACAGAGAAACACCUCGCGAACUCUGAACCUAUCGGCACUGAGACAUCAAAGCUGGAAGAUCAGAUCGCUCAGCACAAGGCCUUAGAGGGGGAGAUAAUGAAUCACAGUAAAGACCUGUUUCAGGCUGUCAAUCUGGGUCAGAUGCUCAAAACUGUGAGCUCAGUGGAUGAUAAGGAGUUUGUCCAGUCCAAACUAGACACCACCCAGGCCAGUUACAUAGAGCUCCAGGAGCGGUGCAGGAGGAAAGCCGAGAUGCUGCAGCAGGCUCUGGCCAACGCUCAGCUGUUUGGAGAGGACGAGGUGGACCUCAUGAACUGGCUGAACGAGGUCCACAUGAAGCUGAGCGAGGUGUCUGUGGAGGACUACAAAAUAAGUGUGCUUGAAAAGCAGAUGGCUGAACAACGGGCACUGAAAAGUGACAUCGAGUUGAGGAAGAAGAAUGUUGACCAAGCCAUUUGCAACGGGAUGGAGCUUCUCAAACAAACUACAGGUGAUGAAGUGGUUGUUAUCCAAGGCAAACUGGAUGGUAUCAAAACAAAGUAUGCUGAGAUCAACUCUGCAAGUGACAGCGUGCUAAAGAAGUUGGAGAAGGUUUUGAGUCUCUCCACAAAGCUGCAGCACACCCAUGAAGAUCUGAGCUCCUGGCUGGAGACAGUGGAGGCUGAGACCAGAGCCUUCGCUGAUCAGGAGCCAGUGGGCGAGCAGCUUGUUCAUGCUCAAAGCAGGCAGAAGGCAUUACUGAAAGAGACCAAAGACAAAAAAUCAUCAAUGGACAAGCUGAAUGAGUUGAGCAGUUCACUUCUGGAUCUGAUUCCUUGGCACACUCGGGAGGGUCUGGACAAGAUGGUGACUGAGGAUAAUGAACGAUACAGAGCCAUCUGUGACACCAUCAGCCAGCAGGUCGACCAAAUCAAUGCUGAUAUACUCAAGUCACAGCAGUUUGAACAGGCUGCAGACUCUGAACUCUCCUGGCUCACUGAUGCUGAGAAGAAGUUGCUCUCCAUGGGCGAGAUCAGGCUGGAGCAGGACCAAACCACAGCCCAGCUCCAGGCACAGAAGAUCUUUUCUAUGGACAUCAUGAGGCACAAAGAUACCGUGGAUGAUAUUGUUAAAACUGGAAAGGCCAUCAUGAACAGCAAAAACCCAGAAGAGAAAGAAAUCUUGAAGGCCAAGACCCAGACUCUCCUGGAGAAAUACGGCAUCGUCAGUCAGCUGAACUCAGAGCGCUGUCUGCAGCUGGAGCGUGCUCAGUCUCUGGCCUCUCAGUUCUGGGAAACAUACGAGGAGAUGUGGCCAUGGCUUCAGGAGACAUUGAGCACCUUCAGCCAGCUUCCUCCCCCAGCCAUCGAGUACGAUGCUCUGAGGCAGCAGCUAGAGGAACUCAGGCAAAUGCGAGAGCUGAUUGCUGAGCACAAACCUCACAUUGAUAAGAUGAAUAAGACGGGGCCUCAGUUACUUGAGCUCAGUCCAGUGGAGGGAGAGCCCAUCAGAGAGAAAUACACAGCAGCAGACCAACUCUACACCCAGCUUAAGGCUGAUGUCACACAGAGAGCAGCUACCCUGGAUGAGGCCAUCUCCAAAUCCACCCAGUUCCAUGAUAAAAUUGAUCCGAUGCUUGAAUCCCUGGAGCGUAUUGCUGAACGUCUGCGCCAGCCUCCGUCCAUCUCAGUGGAGGUAGACAAGAUCAAGGAGCAGAUUACAGAGAAUAAGUCCGUCUCUGUGGAUUUGGAGAAACUGCAGCCUUCUUAUGAGACACUGAAGCAGCGAGGCGAGGAGAUGAUUGCUCGUUCUGAAGGAGCAGACAAAGACAUUUCUGCCAAAGCUGUUCAAGACAAACUGGACCAGAUGGUGUUCCUUUGGAGUGACAUCCAGGCUCUAGUGGAGGAGCGGGAGGCUAAGCUGUUGGAUGUGAUGGACUUGGCAGACAAGUUCUGGUGCGACCACUGCGCUCUGAUUGUCACCAUCAAAGACAACCAGGACCUGCUGAGAGAGCUGGAGGAGCCUGGGGUCGAUCCUUCAGUUGUUAAACAGCAGCAGGAGUUUGUCGAGGGAUUUAAGGAGGACAUCGAUGGGCUGCAGGAAGAACUUGACGUGGUCCGAAACCAGGGUGCAGAGCUGAUGACUGCCUGUGGGGAACCUGAUAAACCUGUGAUAAAGAAAAGUCUCGAUGAGGUUAAUUCUGCGUGGGAAAAUCUCAAUAAGACUUGGAAGGAGAGAGUGGAAGGGCUAGAAGAGGCCAUGCAGGCUGCUGUGCAGUUUCAGGAUGGCCUACAGGGUAUGUUUGACUGGGUGGACAUUCUUGAGAGCAAACUGGAUUCAAUGUCUCCUGUAGGCACAGACCUGGAAACUGUCAAGCAGCAGAUGGUCGAGCUCAAGGAGUUUAAAGGAGAGGCGUACCAGCUGCAAAUUGAGAUGGAGCGCCUCAACCACCAGGCAAGCCUCCUGCUGAAGAAGGUGACAGAAGAGUCUGACCGCUGCGCCAUCCAGGAGCCUAUGUCUGAGCUCAAGAUGCUCUGGGACAACCUGGAUGAGAAGAUCAUCAGCAGACAGCACAAACUGGAGGGAGGCCUUCUGGCACUGGGUCAGUUUCAGCACGCACUGGACGAGCUACUGGCCUGGAUGAGCAACACGGAGGAGCUUCUGAAUGAGCAGAGGAAGGCUGGAGGAGACCCCAAAGCUAUUGAGAUAGAGCUCGCCAAGCACCAUGUUCUCCAAAAUGACGUUCUGGCUCAUAAGGCCACAGUUGAGACAGUCAAUAAGGCCGGUAAUGAUCUUGUGGCAUCCAGCGCUGGAGAGGAAGCUUCAAGUCUUCAGAGCAAACUGGAAAACCUCAACCAGAGGUGGAAAACCAUCCUGGAGAAGACAACGCAGAGAAAGCAGCAACUGGAGAGUGCUCUGCUUCAGGCCCAAGGUUUCCAUGGUGAGAUCGAAGAUAUGCAGCAAUGGCUGAAAGACACAGAACGUCAGCUGUUGGCAUCAAAGGCUGUGGGAGGCUUACCAGACACGGCUCGGGAGCAGCUUAACGCCCAUCUGGAGUUGUGUUCUGCCUUGGAGGUGAAGGAGGAGCUGUAUCAGGAGCUGAUGAACAAGGGUCAGCAGCUGCUCGCCGUGACGCCUGAGGGCCCUGACAGCAACAUGGAGCAGGACCUCUCCAACCUCAAGGACAAAUGGGAAUCCGUGCAGGGGAAGGUCGCUGAGAGAAAGGUGAAAUUAGAGGAAGCCCUGACGCUGGCCACAGAUUUCCACAACUCUCUCCAGGACUUCAUCAACUGGCUCACACAGGCCGAGCAGACACUGAACAUGGUUUCCCCCGCGUCCCUUAUGCUGGAGACCAUCAUGUUUCAGAUUGAUGAGCACAAGAUGUUUGUUACCGAGGUGAACUCCCACAGGGAACACAUCAUCGAGCUAGACAAAACAGGCACACACUUGAAAUACUUCAGCCAGAAACAGGAUGUGGUCCUGAUCAAGAACCUGCUGCUGAGCGUGCAGGGCCGCUGGGAGAAGCUGGUGCAGCGCUCUGUUGAGCGUGGCCGUCUGCUUGAUGACGCCAGGAAGAGAGCGAAACAGUUCCAUGAAACUUGGAAUAAACUGAUGGAAUGGCUGGACGAAUCGGAGAAGACCCUGGACUCAGAAGUGGAGAUUGCCAACGAUCCGGACAAAAUAAAGAUUCAGCUGGCGCAACACAAGGAGUUCCAAAAGGCCUUGGGCAGCAAACACUCUGUGUAUGACACCACCACUCGAACAGGGAGGGCCCUAAAAGACAAGACCUCCCUCCAGGAUGAUAAUCAGAAGCUGGACGACAUGCUGAGCGAACUGAGGGAUAAAUGGGACACUGUUUGUGGGAAGUCAGUGGAAAGACAAAACAAGCUGGAGGAGGCCCUGUUGUUCUCAGGCCAGUUUACUGACGCUCUCCAGGCUCUCAUUGACUGGCUGUACAGAGUGGAGCCUCAGCUGGCUGAGGACCAGCCCGUACAUGGAGACAUAGACCUUGUUCUCAACCUGAUAGACAACCACAAGGUCUUCCAGAAGGAGUUGGGAAAGCGGACCGUAAGCGUUCAGGCCCUCAAACGAUCAGCGAGGGAGCUGAUUGAGAGCAGCCACGAUGACUCGUCCUGGGUCAAAGUCCAGAUGCAGGAGCUGAGCACUCGCUGGGAGACGGUGUGCAACCUCUCUGUGUCCAAACAGGCCCGACUGGAGCAGGCUCUGUGUCAGGCUGAGGAGUUCCACUCAACUGUUCACAUCCUGCUGGAGUGGCUAGCUGAGGCCGAGCAGAGUCUGCGUUUUCAUGGCAGCCUGCCUGAUGAUGAGGAGGCUUUGCAGGCGCUUAUUGAACAACACAAGGAGUUCAUGAAGAAACUGGAGGAAAAGCGAGUGGCUCUAAAUAAAGCCACCAGUAUGGGGGAGGCUAUUCUAAGCAUCUGCCAUCCAGACUCUAUCACAACCAUCAAACACUGGAACACCAUCAUUAAGGCCCGCUUCGAAGAGGUUCAGGCUUGGGCCAGGCAGCACCAGCAGCGACUGGCCACGGCUCUUACAGAGCUUUUAGCCACUCAGGAGCUUCUGGAAAAUCUGCUGACAUGGCUGCAGUGGGCUGAGACUAAUGUCAACAACAAGGACAAGGAGCCACUGCCUCAAGAAAUCGAGGAGGUCAAGAGCUUGAUAGCAGAGCACCAGGCAUUCAUGGAGGAAAUGACCAGGAAGCAACCAGAUGUUGACAAAAUCACAAAGACACACAAAAGGAAAGCUGCACCAGAGCCUCAAAUCCAGUCUCAGAUCCCUGUGCUUGGCAAAGGAAGAACUGGAAGAAAACGUUCUCCCACACAAACCAUGUAUGCGUCAGCAACACAAGCUCCCAUUGAAACCAAAAACCCCAGGGUGAACCUGCUGGUCACUAAGUGGCAGCACGUGUGGCUGCUGGCUUUGGACCGAAGGAGGAAACUCAACGAUGCUUUGGACAGGCUGGAGGAGUUGAAAGAAUUUGCCAACUUUGACUUCGAUGUGUGGCGGAAGCGCUACAUGCGCUGGAUGAACCAUAAAAAGUCCAGAGUCAUGGACUUCUUCCGCCGUAUUGACAAGGAUCAGGAUGGCAAAGUGACCCGACAGGAGUUCAUCGAGGGCAUCCUCUCCUCAAAAUUCCCCACCAGUCGUCUGGAGAUGAGCGCAGUGGCAGACAUAUUUGAUAGAGAUGGCGAUGGCUACAUCGACUACUAUGAGUUUGUGGCGGCUCUUCACCCCAACAAGGACGCCUACAAACCACUAACAGAUGCUGACAAAAUUGAAGACGAGGUUACACGACAAGUAGCAAAAUGCAAAUGUCCAAAACGGUUCCAAGUGGAGCAAAUUGGUGCCAACAAGUACCGGUUCUACCUUGGAAACCAGUUUGGAGACUCUCAGCAGCUCCGGCUGGUACGGAUCUUGCGCAGCACUGUGAUGGUGAGGGUGGGAGGAGGCUGGAUGGCUCUGGAUGAGUUCCUGGUAAAGAACGAUCCCUGUCGAGUUCAUCACCACGGGAGCAAAAUGUUGCGCUCGGAAUCAAACUCUUCAAUUACUCAGUCUCCUAUAGGUUGGCAAAUCUCACACUUUCUCACCUUGCUCCAUGAACCCACCCACAGUGCUAAAGGCAGGACCAACAUGGAGCUGCGAGAGAAGUUUAUCCUCCCAGAAGGCACCACUCAGGUGAUGGCAAGCUUCCGCUACCGAGGCCGUAGAUCUCGGCCGUCAUCCAGAGGAGCUUCACCCAACAGAUCCAUGUCCAGUCAGAGCUGUCCGGUCCCCGCACAUCAGGCAUCAUCCACAAUCAAGACUCCCCAACACAUAACCCGCAAUUAUGAUAAGCCCUGGCUUACAAACAGCAAACCAUCCACUCCUCUUAGAUCACCAGACUCCUUUGGGAGCCAGGGUUCAUCCUCAGAGGGCACGCCGGUUCAAGGCAGCAAAUUACGUCUGCCUGGUUUCAUGUCAGGAAAAGGAUUUCAGUCAGGUGAUGAGGGAACAUUGAUCAGCGCUGCUGUACUCAAAGCUCGAACACAGACAAUAGGUGAGCCAAGAAAAAAUUUGAGCCGACCAGGCAGUAAAGCCGGCAGCAGAGGAAGCAGUCGCAGAGGAAGUGACGCCUCUGACUUUGACAUCUCAGACAUCCAGUCUGUGUGUUCGGACGCAUCCGAGACGGUCGGUGACUCUUCCAGAGCCACGCCGCGUUCUGCAUCACGACAACACGGAGGAAAACCCUCCAAGAUCCCCACUCCUCAGAGAAAAACCACUCCCACAAGCAAGCUGGCCAAGGGAUCCAAGCGAUAGUCAGUGGCCUUGAAAACACAAAACCCAGGAGCUAGUUGCACCCUAAACACGUGACGGACACUGGAGAAUUAACUUAAAGACUGCAAUGUGUUGAGUGUUAUUUAAAUUGUUGCGAAGAUGUAAAAUAUUCUGUUGAGAGGAAAAUAUGGUUUAAUAUUAUGUGAGAAUGGAACGUCAUGGCCUUGUGUCUUUGUUUUUAAUGUAUUUUAUUUUCUGUGAAAAAUGUCAAAUUGUUUUUAUUGUAUUUUAUUUUAUUGAUAAUAAACCUGUAGAGGUUUGAUGAACACUAGAAAAUCUUGGGAUGACUACGCCGCACGGUUAGCUAACAUUUCUAAACACACUAAUGAAGGGCAACGCGCAGGAUAGCUCUGAAAGUUACUGAAUGUACUGUAAUUUAUGUUUGCUGAUGUUUGGAGUAGAUGGUGCAUAAUGGUACCAUUUGAGACACUGCAAUUAUCUAUUUAAGUGCUAUAAUAUACUGCCAACAUGCAUUUAAAGGGCAAUGCAAUAUACUACAAUAAACCCCAGUAAGCACUGCAGAAACCUUUGAAAACACUAUUUAAGGCAAUGUAGCAGAAACCUCGUAACCAUGGCGCUUUGAAGUCUUGUUUGUUUGUGAGCAGCUGAAGUCCCUGUUUUGUUUGGCCACUUCACAGCAGUGUGUGCAUUGACCUUUAAAAGGUGCCACUCCAUGUAGACAUUCUAAUGUGCAUCCAUGUCAGUGUAUGGUUAAUUUCGGUAGAGCUGAAAUUGUUACUGUAACAUUACUUUGUAAUAAACCUGCUUGCAGAAAACCGCCAGAAACUGGUGGAGACCACAGCAUGUAUCUGCUUCACUUA